GUUGACACGGUUGUUACCAGCCAGGACAUUGUCGUUGGCUUCUACAAGGCCGGAAUUGAUAUUGACAACAUCGUUUUCAUUCAGCGCAAAGCAAGCAACAACACAUGGAUUGUAAGUUUCAAUUCCAAAGUCGCCAAGGAUGCUGCCCUUAAUGAGCCGAGUGUCAAGAUUGCGGGCUGUGCUGUUUUCCUCGGGGACUGUGAGAAUAGAGUUUCUAUUGUCAAGUUGUAUGAGCUCCCUGUUGAGCUGCCGGAUUCCGUUGUUAUUGGCCGCCAGUCUCACUACGGGAAGGUUUACUCUUUCUGACGCGACCGGCUUGCGGAGGGUAUUUUCAAUGGUGUUCUACGGCUCGAAUGAGUAUCAAUAAGCCCAUCCCGUCCCAAGCUUUUAUUGCAGCUGAAUUUGUGAGAAUAUGGUAUCCUUCUCAGCCGAAGACCUGUAGAAAGUGUGGUGCAGAGGAGCAUUUAGUGGCCACCUGUUCUUCGCAGCAUUGCUUUAAUUGCGAGAAACCCGGUCAUCGAUCCGAAGAAUGUACGCUACUGUCUCUUUGCAGAGUUUGCCUCAUGGAAACACACUCAACUAUGCGCUGUCCUUCUAUUUAAUACAGCUCGAAUAUUUCUACGGUGGAAGUGACAGCUGUAAGCUACGCCAAAGCAGCAGAAAAAGGAAAAGAAGCUGAUGUAGCAAAACAAGCAGAGGAAGAGAAAAAGCGCGCGGAUGAAAAAGCACAUGCUGAGCGAGCAAGGCGCAAAAAGCACGCAAAGAAAGAAGAACGCGACCGCACGAAAGGAAUGCGAGGAGCUUGA